AUGGCAAAACGCACCAAAUCAAGUUCGCGCUGGCUGCAGAGACAGAAUAAAGACUAUUUUGUGCGUGCCGCCCAGGAUCAAGGUCAGGUCUCCCGCGCACAUUUUAAGCUGCUGCAGCUCGAUCAGCGUUAUAAACUGAUCAAACCUCAAGCCAGGGUCCUCGAACUGGGCGCAGCGCCUGGCGGCUGGACACAAUAUCUGCAGGAUCGGCUAAGCAAAGGUCUGCUCAUUGCUGUAGACCCUCUGCCGAUUACCGCCGGUAUGGAUACUGUGGUCAUUGAAGGCCGAGCGGGAGAAACUGAGGUGGAUGAGGCGAUAGAGCAGGCUUUGCAGGGCGACACGUUAGACCUUGUUUUAUCGGAUAUGGCCCCCAAUAUAUCUGGAGUAAGAGCUGUGGAUCAGGCGCGGGCAAUGGACCUUGCAGAUACAGCCUUGCUGGCCUGUCAUCGGUGGCUCAAACCCCGCGGCGCUAUGGCCAUCAAAGCCUUUCAGGGCGAAGGGUUGGACCAAUGGGUGAAAGACCUCAGGCGGCAGUUUGCCAAGGUAACUGAUAACCCCUUGUCAGAUAUGGGAAAAAAUUUAUUACUGUGGCUCAUCAUUGCGGCAGUGCUGUUGACAGUUUUCAACAAUUUCAAUGUUGAACCUCAGCAGGAACCGGUGGCGUAUUCAGAGUUUGUGAAAGCGGUGAAUGCCGGUCAGAUUCGCGAAGCGCAGAUUCAAGGUGACAAGAUCACCGCACUCGAUGGCAGCGGCAACCGUAUGGUUGUGGUCUGGCCACAGAACGACGAUAAGUUGAUCAGUGAACUGAUUGAUAACAAUGUCGUCACCACGGUUUUAGAACCUGAAAAACAGAGUUUCUGGAGUCAGCUCCUGAUCGCCAGUUUCCCGAUAUUGAUCAUCAUUGCGGUAUUCAUGCUGUUUAUGCGACAGAUGCAGGGUGGCGGCAGUGGCCGCGGUGGUCCUAUGGCAUUUGGGCGCAGUAAAGCCAAGUUACUUUCCGAAGACCAGAUUAAAACCACAUUUGCAGAUGUGGCCGGCGUUGAUGAAGCCAAAGAAGAAGUUCAGGAACUGGUUGAAUUCCUGCGUGAUCCCGGCAAGUUUCAGCGCCUGGGUGGCCACAUUCCUCGCGGCGUGCUGAUGGUGGGACAACCGGGUACCGGUAAAACCCUGCUGGCAAAAGCCAUUGCAGGUGAAGCCAAAGUACCGUUCUUCUCAAUUUCCGGUUCAGACUUUGUCGAAAUGUUUGUCGGCGUGGGUGCAUCCCGCGUACGAGACAUGUUUGAACAGGCCAAGAAACAGUCGCCCUGUAUUAUUUUCAUCGAUGAGAUUGAUGCUGUCGGUCGCCAUCGUGGUGCUGGCCUUGGUGGCGGGCAUGAUGAGCGCGAACAGACUUUGAACCAGUUGCUGGUGGAAAUGGAUGGCUUCGAAGCCAAUGACGGCAUUAUUGUGAUUGCUGCGACCAACCGUCCUGAUGUGCUCGAUCCAGCGUUGUUACGUCCCGGCCGCUUUGACCGCCAGGUAGUGGUUGGUUUGCCAGACAUCCGCGGUCGCGAACAGAUUGUGAAAGUACACAUGCGCAAAGUGCCGCUGGCUGAUGAUGUUGAACCCGGCAUUAUCGCUCGCGGUACCCCCGGUUUUUCCGGUGCUGACCUGGCCAACCUCGUGAACGAGGCGGCGUUGUUUGCCGCGCGUGGCGGUAAGCGCCUGGUUUCGAUGGAAGAGUUCGACAAAGCCAAAGAUAAAAUCAUGAUGGGCGCCGAGCGUAAAUCCAUGGUGAUGUCGGAAAAAGAGAAGCGUAAUACGGCCUAUCAUGAAGCUGGGCACGCGAUCAUUGGCCGCCUGAUGCCCGAUCAUGACCCGGUGUAUAAAGUCUCUAUUAUUCCGCGUGGCCGAGCCUUGGGUGUGACCAUGUUCCUGCCGGAAGAAGACCGUUACAGCCUUACCCGUCAGGGUAUUCGCUCGCAGAUCUGCAGCUUGUUUGGCGGCCGCAUAGCGGAAGAAAUGAUUCUGGGUCCGGAGUACGUCACAACAGGUGCGUCGAAUGAUAUUGAGCGAGCGACAUCGCUGGCGCGCAGUAUGGUCACCAAAUGGGGUCUGUCUGAGCGACUCGGACCGCUGAAGUACGACGAAGACGACAAUGAAGUUUUCCUCGGUAUGUCAGCGGGCGUCAAGCCGAAAGCGCUGUCUGACGACACCGCCAAAGCCAUUGAUGAAGAAGUGCGCUCGAUAAUCGACACGUGUUAUGCCACCGCGCACGAUAUGCUGGAGGAAAACAUCGACAAGCUGCACAGUAUGGCAGAUGCCCUGAUGGAGUUUGAAACCAUCGGCGUUGAGCAGAUCGAUGACAUUAUGGCCGGUGCCAAACCUCGUGCGCCGACCGACUAUGAGCCAAAACACGUCGUUUGUACGUUGCUUUGCGGUGGUAAAACACUGACCUUCGAGCACCCCCGGAUCAUGGGGGUGCUCAAUAUUACUCCUGAUUCCUUUUCUGACGGCGGCAAGCUGUUUCAAGAUCAUGGUGUUGAUCUGUCUGGUGUUCAGGCAGUGGCCCAGCAGAUGAUUGAGGAAGGGGCCAAUGUCCUGGAUAUUGGUGGCGAAUCAACCCGCCCGGGCGCACAGCCGGUAGGGGUGUCACAAGAGAUGGAUCGCGUUAUCCCUGUUGUUGAGGUGCUGGCACAGCUAGAUACCAUUGUGUCUGUCGAUACGCGCCAUGCGCCGGUGGCCGCAGCAGCGAUCGCGGCGGGCGCGCACAUGAUCAAUGAUGUCAGCGCAGGUGGCGAUCCUGAUAUGUUGUCCACCGUCGCCGCGAGUCAGGUGGGUUAUGCGAUGAUGCACAUGCAGGGCUUGCCCGAGAAUAUGCAGCUGUCGCCUCGCUAUGGUGACGUGAUUGCGGAGGUUGGAGGGUAUCUGAAGCAGCGUUACCUUGCUUGUCUGCAGGCCGGUAUUGAUGGCGGCAGGUUGAUGCUCGAUCCGGGAUUCGGUUUCGGCAAAACCUUAGCGCAUAACUUACAGUUACUGGAUGGGCUGGCUCAACUGAAAGUCAGCGGUGUGCCACUGUUGGUAGGGUUAUCGCGCAAAAGCAUGCUUGGCACGAUCACGGGCAAAACUGUUGAAGACCGUAUGGCGGCCAGCGUUGCGGCGGCACUGCUUGCUGUGCAGCGAGGUCCUGCCCAUGUGAUCAUUGGUAAAGACACCAGAAUCUCCGGCUAUAUGCUUGAGUCUGUGCUGGAAUCCGGCCUGGUUUCUGCCGGCGCAAACGUCAGUUUGAUUGGUCCUAUGCCGACCCCCGCAAUUGCUUAUCUGACUCGAACUCUGCGCGCGGAUGCGGGCGUUGUGAUCAGUGCUUCGCACAAUCCCUAUUACGACAACGGCAUCAAAUUCUUUGACCACCUUGGUAACAAGCUGGCAGAUGAUGUUGAGCAUGAGAUCGAAGCCCAGUUGGGUGAAGAGAUGGCCUGUGUCGACUCUGAUCAGUUAGGUCGCGCUUCCCGCAUCAGUGAUGCUGCCGGGCGCUACAUCGAAUUCUGCAAAGCAACCGUGCCCAGAGGGUUCAGUCUGCGCGGCAUGCGUAUUGUGCUCGACUGUGCCCAUGGCGCCACUUACCACGUUGCGCCUCGGGUGUUUGAAGAACUGGGUGCCGAAGUAGAGCUGAUUGGCGCGACGCCGGAUGGCGUCAACAUAAACGAUGGCUGCGGUUCCACCCAUCCUGAAAUGUUGCGCGAAAAAGUUCUAGAGCUUCGUGCUGAUGUGGGUAUCGCAUUUGAUGGCGACGGCGAUCGCGUCUUAAUGGUUGAUUCAGAUGGUCGGUUGCUGGACGGGGAUGAACUGAUUUAUAUGAUCGCCUCGCACCGCAAAGUUCUCGGUACUUUAGGCGGCGGUGUGGUCGGUACGGUAAUGAGCAAUCUCGGGCUGCAACAGGCGUUGGAAGCUCAGGGUAUUGAAUUCUGCAGAGCUAAAGUGGGUGACCGCUAUGUGACCGAAAUGCUGCUGAAUAAAGGCUGGUUGCUGGGGGGGGAAACUUCGGGCCAUGUCCUGUGUCUGGAUCUUGCCAGUACCGGAGAUGCCAUUGUUGCUGCUCUGCAGGCUCUCCUGCCGGUGGUGGAAUCCUCCAGAAGCGUGGCUGAGCUUGUCAGUGGUGUGGUCAAACUGCCGCAGAUCAUGGUUAACGUCAAAGUGCCUGAUCCUGCAGCAGUUGCACGUAGCCCUGCCUUGCUCAGUGCAAUCUCUGUGAAAGAAGCUGGCCUUGCCGAUCGUGGCAGGAUUCUCGUGCGUGCCUCGGGAACCGAACCUUUGCUGCGGGUCAUGGUUGAAGGUGAGGAUGCGGAUAAUUCGGUCACUCGACUGCAAACAGACUGGCCGUUUCCAGCAGCACGAACACCCUUUUUCUAUGGCUGGGUCAUUGCUGCGGUAUCAACCCUUGGGUUCCUCUGCAGCGUGCCGGGCCAGACUAUGGGUAUGGCGGUUUUUGCGGAUACCUUUAUCGCGGAAUUUGGCCUGACGCGCACCGAACUUUCCACAGCCUACCUGUUUGGUACCGUCGCCAGCGCUUUUACUCUGCCGCGCGCCGGUCGCUGGUAUGACCAGUGGGGUGCGCGGGUGAUGCUCGUGGCAGCGCCGGCGUUCCUCGGCAUCAUGCUGGUAUUGAUCAGUGGCAUUGAUUGGCUUGCCGGACUGUUAGUGGGUGUAUUUGCACUGCCUUUAGCCUGGAUAACUUUCCCGCUCAUUCUGUUGGGUUAUUUUGGUGUGCGGUUCAGUGGGCAGGGUGUAUUGACCUCUGCCAGCCGCAAUGUGUUGCUGGUUUGGUUUGAAAAGCGUCGCGGACUUGUUUCUGGUCUGCGCGGCGUUUUUGUAUCGUUAGGCUUUUCUAUUUCUCCUUUGAUUCUCGCCUGGAUGAUUGACGCCUUUGGUUGGCGCGGCGCGUUGUGGGUCAUGGCACUGGUCGUUGGUGUCGGGUUCACCACCAUCGCGCUGUUCACGGUCCGAGACCACCCUCACGUGGCGGGUUUGACCCCGGAUGGAGACGCCCGCUCCGACAACCACUCGGACCAACAUUCAAAAUCAUUGCCUGAGCGCACCGCCAGUGACGCCAAACGCGAUCCGGUUUUCUGGAUCUACUCGGCUGCGCUGUCUAUGCAUGCUCUGUUUGGUACCGCAGUGACUUUCCACAUUGUCGCUAUUUUUGAGGAGGCGGGGCGCGACCGCGUCGAAGCGUUUGCCUAUUUUCUGCCCCAGGCGGUGGUUUCAUUGAGUGUAAAUCUUGUUGCCAGCGCACUGGCGGAUUACUGCCGCUUGAAGCCUCUGCUAAUUGUCAUGCUGCUGAUGUUUCUGGUCGGUGCGUAUGGAAUUACGCAAUUACACACCGAAGAGGGUUAUUGGUUGCUGGUACUGGGUUUCGGUGCAGGUGGCGGGUUAUGGGGUGUUUUGUCUAAUCUUGCUUUUAUUCGCCAGUUUGGCGCCCUGCAUCUAGGCGAAAUCAGCGGUUUGAAUACUGCAAUCACGGUUUUUGCCAGCGCGAUUGGCCCAGUCGCCUUCAGCCUGGCGAACGAUACUUUCGGCAGCUUCGAUGCAGCAGCAGUUGGCUGCAUUUUCGGGCUGGUUGUGUUGUUGCUGGUCGCGAUCCUGCUCCCACAACCGCUGGAUCGUGCUUUUGCUGAUGCCUUGCAGAUGGAUGAUCGGGUUGAUGCGGUAUGGUUUCCGCCGGCACUGUACCUGGGCGCUGCGGUCGCGGUUGCGCCACAAGGGCUGGCCUGCGGUGUGCAGGACAUUGGUACAGCGGCCAGCGGCCCGCAUACCGGUGAAAUUGCAGCAGAGAUGGUUGCUGAUGUUGGCGGCUCAUGGACUAUUGUUGGCCAUUCAGAGCGACGCCUGGCGCAAAAUGAAGGCGACGACCUGGUGGGUACUAAAACCGCGGCGGCUUUGCGGGGUGGAUUGAAUCCUAUUGUAUGCGUCGGUGAAACUGCUGCCGAGCGUGAUGCGGGCCACGAAAAGAUAGUGGUACAGCGCCAACUUGAAGCCGUGCUUGAUCGUAUUGAUCAUGCGCAGCUGGGUAAAAUUGCUAUCGGUUACGAGCCGGUUUGGGCGAUAGGCACCGGGGUCACCGCAAGCCCGGAGCAAGCGCAGGAAAUGCAUGAAUUUGUGCGGCAGCUACUGACUGAAGUAAAUGCUCAAAUGGCGGCACAGAUUCGAAUUGUUUAUGGUGGCAGCGUGAAGCCGGAGAACGCUGCAGAUAUAUUUGCUCAGCAAGACAUUGAUGGCGGGUUGGUGGGCGGCGCAUCGCUGAACGCGGCUGAUUUCACAGCCAUCAUUGAUGCCGCAGCCCAGGUCAUUUCAAGCGCCUAUACGCUUGAAGUGUCAUCGCCUGGAAUGGAUCGCCUGCUGUUUAAAGAAGAGCAGUUUGCAGACAGCGCAGGUGAGCAGGACAGCAUGGCGAUUGUGCAGAUUGAAGAUGAAGAAUUUUUGCUGCCGCUGGAAAACAUCCAGAAGGCGCGUGUGCCCAGAGAAGUGAUCUUUGAGGCGAUUGAGUCUGCGUUGGCUAUGGCGACGAAAAAGCGUUAUGGCGAGCAACAGGAAUUCCGUGUGGCCAUUGACCGUGAAACAGGCGAAUACGAUACGUUUCGUACCUGGACGAUUGUCAAUUACGAAGACGAGGAAGAGCCGAACCCGGCUGCACAGUUUUCGUUAGAGGCUGCGGUAGAAAUGGAUCCUGAGGCCAAGCUUGGUGAUGUUAUUGAAGAGCAGGUUGAAUCUGUAGAAUUUGGGCGGAUUGCAGCGCAAACGGCUAAACAGGUCAUCGUGCAGAAGGUUCGCGAAGCCGAGCGAGCACAGGUUGUUGAAGCCUACCUGCCGCGCAUGAACGAGUUGAUCAGUGCUACGGUCAAGAAACUCGGUCGUGACAGUGUCAUUGUUGACCUGGGUAAUAAUGCUGAAGGGAUCCUUACCCGUGAGCACCUGAUUCCCCGUGAGACUUUUCGCGUGGGUGAUCGACUGCGCGCACUGUUAACUGAGAUUCGUCCUGAAAAUCGAGGACCACAGCUGAUUCUGUCGCGUACGUCGCCACAGAUGCUGAUCGAGCUGUUUAAGGUGGAAGUGCCUGAAAUCGCCGAAGACGUUAUUGAAAUACGCGGUGCAGCACGUGAUCCUGGCUCACGCGCCAAGAUUGCAGUUAAAACCAACGAUGGUCGCAUUGACCCCGUUGGUGCUUGUGUCGGCAUGCGCGGUUCUCGGGUCCAGGCAGUGUCUGGCGAAUUAGCCGGGGAGCGUAUUGAUAUCGUGCCUUGGGACGAUAACCCUGCUCAGUUAACCAUCAACGCGAUGGCGCCCGCUGAAGUGGCUUCGAUCGUGCUAGAUGAAGAUACCCAUUCAAUGGAUAUUGCGGUCACCGAAGAAAACCUGGCUCAGGCUAUCGGUCGCGGCGGCCAGAAUGUUCGCCUGGCCAGCGAUUUGUGUGGUUGGUCAUUAAACAUCAUGACCGAAGCAGAAGCCUCGCAGAAGCAGGAAGAAGAGUCGGUCAAGUUCAUCAAAGACUUCAUGGAAUCGUUAGAAGUCGACGAGGACGUGGCCGGCGUGCUGGUUGAAGAAGGUUUCACCACGUUGGAAGAAGUGGCUUAUGUACCCAUCGAAGAAAUGAUGGCGAUCGAAGGCUUUGAUGAAGAAAUUGUGCAGGAACUUCGCAAUCGUGCAAAAGAUGCGUUGCUGACUAAAGCUAUUGCCAGCGAAGAAGCGCUCGGUGAUGCAACGCCUGCUGAUGAUCUGCUGGAAAUGGAAGGCAUGACCCGGCCGUUGGCGUUCAAGCUGGCGGGCAACGAUGUUGUGACCAUGGAAGACCUGGCAGAGCUGGCGAUAGACGAAUUGUUGGAAAUAGAACCAGAAUUGAGCGAAGCAGAAGCUUCGGUGCUGAUUUUGAAAGCACGUGAACCGUGGUUUGCAGAAGAUGCGGACGCAGCGGAAGCCGGUUUGCCGCACAAGACUGAAGAUGAGCUUGUGACUGAAGAGCAGAAAAAAACACUGUUGGCCUACCUGCAAAAGAGCCACGGCGCGUCUGAUAGCGGUGAGCGUAAGAUUACUUUAAAGCGCAAAAGCAGCAGUACCUUAAAGGCUGGGCAGGGUCGUGCGGGACGAAAUGUAACCGUUGAGGUGCGUCGUAAGCGCACUUAUGUGAAAGGCGGCGAAGCUGCAGCGCAGCCAGACGCAGACACGCCGCCAGCAGUGGCUGAUUCUUCCCAGGCUGAAGCGGAAGCUGCGCGUAUCCGGGAGGAAGAAGCGGCACGUGCUAAAGCCAAUGAGGACGCGCGUAACGCUGAGGUCGAGCGUAAAGCGGAAGCUGAACGAAAAGCCGAAGAAGAGCGCCUUAAAGCUGAAGAAGCGGCUCGCCAGGCAGAACAGGAACGGCUUGCCAAAGAGGCAACAGAAAAGUCGGCGGCGAAGCCGGAAGCACCCGCAGAUCCCGCCGCCGCCGCUGCUGAAUUGCAAGCCAAAGAGCAGGCUGAGCAGAAAGGUGGAAAGCGCGGUAAAGCUAAAGAAAAAGAACGACGCGAUGCGCCAGGUUCACGCAGCGGAGGUGGUAAAGGCCGCCGCGAGCUGUCGCUUAAGAGUGAGCGCCGUACCAAACGCAGACCUUCUCAUCGCCAGAGCGCCCUGCACGUUGAAACCCAGGGUGGUGAGUUCAAGCCAACAGAGUUUAUCUCUCGUGAAGUAGAGGUUGGUGAAGUUAAUUCCGUUGCUGAUCUGGCGUCGCGCAUGGCGAUCAAAGCGUCAGAAGUUAUCAAGACACUGAUGGGCAUGGGGGUCAUGGCGACCAUUAAUCAGACGCUUGAUCAGGAUACUGCAACCCUCGUGGUUGAAGAGAUGGGUCACAAAGUCAAAGUAGUCAGCGACGAUGUGUUGGAAGAGAAGCUGGAAGCUUCACUCAAAAUUGAAGGUGAUACGGAGCCACGGGCACCGGUAGUCACCGUGAUGGGUCACGUCGACCAUGGCAAAACAUCAUUAUUGGAUUACAUUCGUCACACGCGUGUGACCAGCGGUGAAGCCGGUGGCAUCACUCAGCAUAUUGGUGCCUACAGUGUUGAAACCAAAGGCGGCCAAGUUACCUUUAUUGAUACACCCGGCCACGCCGCGUUUACCUCGAUGCGUGCACGCGGUGCCAAAGUCACCGAUAUCGUGAUUCUGGUGGUUGCCGCUGACGAUGGUGUGAUGCCUCAGACAGAAGAGGCGAUUCAGCACGCAAAAGCUGCUGAAGUGCCAAUUAUUGUUGCCAUAAAUAAAUGUGAUCUUGAAUCAGCUGAUCCUGACCGUGUCACAAACGAACUUGCAGCUAAAGACGUGGUACCGGAAGAGUGGGGUGGCGACACUCAAUUUGUGAAAGUGUCCGCAAUUACCGGUGAAGGGGUGGACAGGCUGCUUGAAGCGAUUGUGCUGCAAUCAGAAAUUAUGGAAUUAGGCGCUAUUGCCGAGGCGCCCGGUCAGGGCGUGGUUAUCGAAUCCCGCCUGGAUAGAGGGCGCGGACCGGUUGCUACAGUUCUGGUACAGAACGGUAGUCUGAAGCAGGGUGAUGUAAUUAUUGCCGGUGAGUGUUUUGGACGCGUGCGCGCAAUGCUGGACGAUACCGGUCAGCCGACUAAAUCUGUCGGCCCGUCUCAACCAGUGGAAGUGCUGGGUUUAAAUGGCACGCCUGCCGCGGGUGACGACUUCUCGGUUGCCACUGAUGAGCGAUCGGCUCGUGAGUUGGCCGAGUUCCGUGCAGAUAAGAGUCAGGAGCGCCGUCAGGCUACUCAGCAGGCGGCGAAGUUGGACAACAUGUUUGCCAACAUGGUGGAAGGCGAGAAACGCAUUCUCAAACUGGUGAUCAAAGGUGAUGUGCGCGGCAGUCUUGAAGCCAUUAUCCAGGCCCUCGCAGAUUUGGGUAACGAUGAGGUCGGCGUGCAGGUUCUGGGCUCCGGUGUUGGUGGUAUAUCCGAAUCAGAUGCCACAAUGGCGGUCACCUAUGGUGCCGCGGUGUUUGGUUUUAACGUCCGGGCUGACAAAGCAGCAAAAACUCUGCUCGAAAAAGAAGGUAUAGAUCUGCGUUAUUACAGCGUGAUCUACGAAUUGAUCGACGACGUUCGCGCGGCUCUGUCCGGCAUGUUAUCGCCAGAAAUUCGUGAAGAAAUUGUUGGUAUUGCCGAGGUGCGGGAUGUGUUCCGUUCACCUCGUUACGGCGCCAUCGCCGGCUGUAUGGUCACUGAAGGCUCAGUUCAUCGGAACAAGCCGAUUCGUGUAUUGCGCGACAAUGUCGUGAUUUACGAAGGAGAGCUGGAGUCUCUGCGUCGUUUUAAAGACGAUGUGAAUGAUGUUCGAGCCGGUACAGAAUGUGGUAUCGGUGUGCGCAACUACAAUGACGUACACUUAAAAGUAGCCGACUUUAUACGCGACGAAGUUGCGCGCAUCAUUGCCUUCGAGAUGCGUGACCCUCGCGUUGGCUCCUUUGUCAGCGUGAACGACGUGAAAGUCAGCAAAGACCUGUCCUAUGCUGAGAUCUAUGUUUCUUCACUGCAGGUAAACGAACCUGCGGAACAGGAAGCGUUGAUAAAAGUGUUAAAUGGCCCGCGCAUUGAGAAGCUCAUCGGUACCGCGAUGGCGUCCGUGCCGGCUAACGAUAGUGAUGAGGAUGGCAUCUCAUCCAGUGAUGCCGUGCAGCAGGUGAAGCGCUUGUAUGGCGCUCAGAAAGUGGGACACACGGGCAGUCUGGACCCUUUGGCUACCGGCGUUUUGCCCAUGUGCUUCGGCGAAGCGACAAAAUUUUCGCAGUAUCUUCUCGCUUCAGAUAAAAAGUACUGGACUCGGAUUAAGCUAGGCGUGGCGACCGAUACCGGCGAUGCAGAUGGUGACGUGCUUGAGACCAGGCCGGCGGAUCACAUCAGCGCGGUUGAUGUGGAAGCCGCGUUGCCAACCUUCCGCGGCGAAAUUCAGCAGGUACCCUCCAUGUACUCUGCGCUGAAACAUAAUGGUCAGCCGUUGUACAAGCUGGCACGCCAGGGCAUAGAAGUUGAGCGCGAAGCCCGAUGUAUAUCAGUGUUCAGCAAUGAACUGGCCGGGUUUUCUAACGCGGAUGGCGUCGUCGAAGUUGAGCUUGAGAUUCACUGCAGCAAAGGUACUUACAUCCGUACCAUCGCUGAAGAGCUGGGCGCACAGUUAGGUGUUGGCGCUCAUGUUACGGCAUUACAUCGCCGAGCAGCGGGUCCUUACACUGAACAGGACAUGGUUGAAAUCGACGAGCUAGGUAAACUUCGUGAUGAAGACGUUUCUUUAGACAAGUUUCUACGGCCCAUCGCCAGCACGGUGGGUCAGUGGCCAGAGGACAAUCUGUUCCUUGGCGUUGGUGAAGUGCUGGAUGACGGGCGCGUUGCGCCAAGACGAUUGGUGGAGAUAACCAUGGCGUUAGAAGCCACGAAUAAAGCAGAGAUCAUCAAAGAAUAUCAACUCGAAGAGGGUGACACAGGGUCGCCGGAAGUACAGGACUUUUUCCCGCUGACGGUUAACUAUCAGGAAAAAACCUACGCUGCCGGCAAAAUUCCCGGCGGUUUCUUCCGUCGUGAAGGACGUCCUAGCGAAAAAGAAACCCUGACCUGUCGAUUGAUCGACCGUCCUAUUCGGCCAUUGUUUCCGAAGGGCUUUAUGAACGAAGUACAGGUUGUCUGUACGGUUAUGUCUACGGACAAGGAUCAGGAUCCGGAUAUAGCCGCCAUGAUCGGCACGUCUGCCGCGCUGGGUAUUUCUGGCAUUCCGUUUGCUGGUCCUAUUGGUGCAGCACGCGUUGGUUACGUGGAUGGCAACUAUGUGUUGAAUCCCGGUUAUGAAGCGUUAAAAGAAUCCAUGUUAACCAUGACGGUUGCUGGCACAGAAUCAGCAGUAUUGAUGGUUGAGUCUGAAGCGCAAGAGCUCAGUGAAGAUGAAAUGUUGGGCGCCGUACUGUUUGGUCAUCAGGAAAUGCAGGUGAUUAUUUCUGCGGUCAACGAACUGGUUGCUGAAGCGGGCAAACCUAAAUGGGAUUGGCAGCCUGAACCUUCAAACGAAGACUUGCUGACCAAGGUAAGCGAUGUUGCCAAAGCAGGUCUGGGUGAAGCCUAUCGUAUUGUUGAUAAGAUGGACCGCCAGGUCGCGGUUAAAGAACUGCGUAGCAAAGUUGUUGAGCAACUUGCAGGCGAAGGUUCUGACCUUGAUGCAGACGAUAUUGCGGAGAUGUUCUACAAAGUUGAAAAGAACCUUGUGCGUCAGCGCGUCAUCAACGGUGAGCCACGUAUUGACGGUCGCGAUCUGCGCACCGUACGACCUAUUUCUGUCGAGGUAGGUGUUUUACCUAAAGCGCACGGUUCGGCUCUGUUCACCCGGGGUGAAACCCAGGCUAUCGUAGUGGCAACGUUAGGUACCCUGCGUGAUGCUGCGAUUGUUGAUGCGCUUGAAGGCACAUUCAAAGAUCAGUUCAUGUUGCACUACAACUUCCCGCCCUACAGCGUGGGCGAAGCAGGCUUCAUGAGUGGCCCGAAACGUCGGGAAAUUGGUCACGGCCGUCUGGCUCGACGCGGCGUAGCUUCUUCACUGCCAGACACAGAAGGAUUUCCGUAUACCAUCCGCGUUGUGUCAGAGAUUACUGAAUCUAACGGUUCAAGCUCUAUGGCCAGUGUCUGUGGUACCUCUCUUGCGUUGAUGGAUGCGGGUGUGCCGGUGAAAAUGCCGGUUGCUGGUGUCGCCAUGGGUCUGGUGAAGGAAGGCAAUAAAUAUGCUGUGCUCACCGAUAUCCUGGGUGACGAAGACCACCUGGGUGACAUGGACUUUAAAGUUGCAGGUUCUCAGAAGGGUGUCACUGCGCUGCAGAUGGACAUCAAGAUCGACGGUAUUACCGAAGAGAUUAUGGAAGCUGCGCUGCAACAGGCACAUGAAGCCCGUCUGCACAUUCUUGGCGAAAUGAACAAGGUGAUCAGUGAGCCUCGUGCAGAGCUGUCCGAUAACGCACCUGCUAUGACUACAGUUAAAGUCCAUCCGGACAAGAUCCGUGACGUGAUUGGUAAAGGCGGCGCUACUAUUCGCGGUAUCGUGGAAGAAACCGGUGCUGAAGUAGACAUUGAUGACGACGGCACGGUGCGUAUCUACGCUGAUACGGCUGAAGCUAAAAAUGCAGCGGUUGCCCGCGUGCAGGAAAUUGUUGCUGAAGCUGAAGUUGGUCGAAUCUAUCACGGUAAGGUGGAGCGUAUUGUCGACUUCGGUGCCUUCGUGAAUAUUCUGCCUGGCAAAGAUGGUUUGCUGCACAUCUCACAGAUUGCAGAUGAGCGCGUUGAGAAUGUCACCGACUACUUAAAAGAAGGUGAAGAAGUUGACGUGGUUGUACUUGAUGUUGACCAGCGCGGUCGUAUCAAACUGUCCAUCAAAGAACUGUCGAAGUAUCAGGAUGAAGGAUCUGCAGAUGCAGAAGCGGCUGAAGGCUGA